AUGGAUUUACACAUGCUGGAGUGCCGACGAUUUCGUCCAGUCAGGAUCAUGUCCUGGAAGAGGUCACGAGCCAGCACUCACAGCAAACAGACUGAGCGCCAUCUGUCCGCCCAUGAAGGCCAGGGUGUGAACGAAAUGAACUCGCAUGUGAGUCGAAUUCUGCGGUCAUGUCUUAAAGGCAAAGGUUGUCAUACUCUGUUGAAAUUGGCACAGCUGAACGCAGCCCUGGACUACAAAUCCCUUAUCAAUUGCCAGAUAAGCCUGGGCAAUCAAAUGGGCCAGCACUGGCAGUUUUGA